UCACAGCCACUGCCAAACUGAGCAGGGGGAGGCAGAGUGUGCUUACUGGGGCUUCACAGGCUAUAGUCGGGAGGAUCCUGCAUUACUAGAUGGAAUUCAAGAGUUUACAGUUUUAUAACAAGUCUGUUUCCUGAAUACUCGACAAAGGCAGUGCAGCAGCUAUCAGCUAUUUCUUUUUGCGCCCCAUUCAAGGACAUUGCCAUGGACUGAGAGCUUCUACUAAUCAGUGACAAAGUGUUAGUGAGCUGUAUGGACACUGCGCUUGCACACAGGGGAGAGAGAGGUCCCGCUGCUGGAGAUGUGUGAAGUGAAGAGGACUAACCUCGAGCAGUUGCCACUAUGGGAGACUGGAGCUUGCUGGGGAAGUUGCUGGAGAGCGCGCAGGAGCACUCUACAGUGGUGGGGAAGGUGUGGCUGACGGUGCUCUUCAUCUUUCGUAUCCUGGUUCUGGGCACCGCUGCCGAGAAGGUGUGGGGGGACGAGCAGUCGGGCUUCACCUGUGACACCAAGCAGCCCGGCUGCCAGAACGUCUGCUACGACAAGACCUUCCCCAUCUCACACAUCCGCUUCUGGGUGCUGCAGAUCAUCUUCGUGUCCACCCCUACCCUCAUCUACCUGGGGCACAUCCUGCACCUGGUGCGCAUGGAGGAGAAGCAGAAACAGAAGGAGAAGGAGAGGGCCUGCCAUGCCGCCAACCACGGGGACAAGCAGCCCCUGCUGGAAGAGCCCAAAGACAAGAAGCCGCCUGUGAGGGACGAGCAGGGCAGGAUCCGGAUGCAAGGCGUCAUCCUGCGGACCUACGUUUUUAAUAUCAUUUUCAAAACCCUUUUUGAGGUGGGGUUUAUAGUGGCUCAGUACUUGUUGUAUGGGUUCCAGCUCGAGCCCCUCUACGCUUGCGACCGCUGGCCGUGCCCCAACACCGUGAACUGCUACAUCUCGCGGCCCACCGAAAAGACUAUCUUUAUUGUCUUCAUGCUCGCCGUGGCCUGCCUCUCAUUGCUCCUCAACCUGGUGGAAAUCUACCACUUGGGUUUCACAAAAUGCAGGCAAGGGUUGAAAAACAGGACAGAGCUGGCAUGUGAAGCGGGGUCUAAAACACCAAGUGAAGCAGCGGUGCCUUUUGGGUCAAAUUACCCCUACUUCCCCAGUCAUCAGCCACCUCCCGGACCCUACCAGCCCGGCUCCAGAUACAGCCCGUCUCCCUUGACUGAAAUGAACUCCGCCUAUCACCCGUACAACAGCAAGGCUGCCUACAAGCAAAACAGAGACAACCUGGCCGUGGAGAGGAACGGCAAGCCAGAGGAAAGAGACCUGAAAGUAAAGAAAGGAACUCAGCCGCCAGUGGAGAAACAGCGCCUGCCCAGUCGAUCCAGCAAACACAGCAACAGCAAGACCCGGUUGGACGAUCUCAAAAUCUAACCAUAUCUGGAUUUAUUAGGAAAGAAACUAAAAAUCUAAACAGGUAUUGUUUCAGAUUUUUUAUUUUUGGAAUUCUCUGCCUGCAGAGGACCUGUUCGUUAUAAGUCUCGUUGUGCAUUAUUUUUUUUCCCCUGAUGUCAUGGUACAUGCAGUAAAUGCACCUCCCAUUACAAAUAGAAAGCAUUUGAAACUGUGCGUAGGCACGCAACAGACGUCAGCCUAUCCCUUUUUUCUACCCAGAGAUUUUUGUGGCUGGUCCCAUCAAAGGCAUCCUCCAGCCGUACCCCCAGGCUGUGGGUGUGCCAGGCUCUCGGGAAGACAACCAGAUUCUUUUUCGUGGCGUGACUGUUUUUUGGAACAUGUGUAAAUGAUUUAGGCUUUUAAUUGAAUAUAAAGAUUUGUGUAUGACAAAACUACUUUUUUUUAAAUCACAUUUUCACAAAAUAUUAAAACUUGAAGAAAACCCAGAAGUGUAGGGAUAUUUUGAUUUGUGCAGUUAAAAAACACUUUCAAAAUGUGUAGAUUUUCUGUAUUAAUCUGGAGGCAAACGGAUAUCAUAUACUCUGCAUGAUGGCAGAAAAAGGUUGUCAAUUUGUCUUAUGUUUUGCAGGUCCAGGCUGAAUUUCUUAUUAUAUUUAACCUAAAAUACAACAUGAAUUCACAAAACACAGAGGGCAAUAUUCACACAGCAUUUACCAUCACAAUACGUUGACACCUUCAUGAUAAAAAGCUUAAUUAAUAUAGAACUAAAUAACUCCGUUAGCCAGAUCAGGACCAUUCGCCUUUAAUUAGUUGUUUCUUGCUGUUUCUUGAUUUUCACUUAAAUAAUUGUGUAAACUUUGCAUGGUGGUAAAUGCGCUGUGAAUAUGAUCCAGUGUCACUUAAGCAUGGCGCCCACCAUAGCACAUUCAAAACUAAAAUACACUGCAAACUAGCUGUUUUAAAAAGGUAGCUCUGUGUUUAUAAACAUACUUUAAAAAAAUGAGUGCGUUUCAGGAAUAAAGCAUUCCGUUUCCAGCAGUCCCUAAGCAACAGAGUCAGUGUACCCUUCACUAUUGCAGAACUCUAAAAUACACAAAGACCUAAACAACUCCUCAUACAACACUCAGCAAGAGUUUAACUGCUUGCAUAAACCUUAGUGCCUAGCGCUCGUCUUGCAAUAAUUUCAUAGAUACGAGGCAGGCUCUUCAGCUAUUUCAAAUCUCUGUUGUAAUUGCACCUUUCUGUCACCCCAGAAGUGGCGAGGGUGUUUAUUUUAGGCUAGACUUAAGAAAAAAGAACCAAUUUCCCUAAAUGCAAACACAACACCCUAGCAAACACAUGGUUAGACUGCUCUGGCUCGGUAUCGACACUUGCUGGGAGACUGGUGCAGCUGUGUGGUCAGUACCAGCUGCAUCCCAUCAAUGCCUGCUUCCGUGUCAGAGCAGCGUGCCACCAGCUUGUUAACUCUUUAUAGCUGUAUUCCUGGUCCGGAUUUCCAUCCCAUUUCCAUUUCCACUCCCUGUGAGUCUGGAUACAAACAGAAUGACUUAGACACCCAACAAGAUUUAAACUGCUCCUACUUGCUACCCCCCCACCCCCCCUUGAGUUGUAUUAAAUGAGAUUAUUUUAUAUAUAAAUAAAAUGACACACAGUCUGUAUGUGGUAGUUCCUUCUCGUUUAUAAAACACACAACACUUAUAAAGCAACAGAACUUUAUUAUUCAUUGUUAGGUUCUAUAGACACGUGGCUAGUAGCUGUAACAAUUCUUUUCACUGCAGGAGAUGGCAGACAGAAAUGUACACGAAACAGUUACUAAACAUGUCAAGAGCCAAGACAGUUGACAAUGCUAUUAUGGAGUUUUAAGCACAGAACUGUGCCUAAGAAAUGCAAAUUAAACGUUUGUUUUUACAGAAUCAACCUUCUCGUCCGAUGAAAACAAUCACCAAAUUCACAGUCACAAACAAACCUACAGUACACGUUUCAAAAGAGAUCCAUAGACUGACUGCUUUGAAUUUGUAACAAAUAUAUAUUAUAUAAUAAACAAUAAUAAUAGACUUUCAAUGCAAAAAUGGUGAUUAAAUUUAUAUUUGUGCAACAUUAAAAGAAAAUAAACUCUCAGAAAGAGAAAAAAAAAAAAUCAUACCAGUUCAAAGCAGGUACCAAGUUACUUCAACUUUAAUUUAAUAGUAAAAGUACAACAAGAUCAGUUGCUCUCCCUUCACUUAGAUUACAUAUGUUCAUUGCAAAGUGUAUUGCCUGCGAGAGUGCAACAUGUCAUCUACACAUUACAGGGCAGUACAGUAUGUACACACGUGGUUCUGAUGAAAUUCCUUAUUUAAUAGUCACAGGAUGCACGUGUCUCCACUAUAUCAUCACAGUAGCUGAACAGAUGCAUUGGCAGAACAGAAGACUGAACCACAUUCUAAACUUGGGCUUACAGUGUUAGCACCGCAAACAGACUCCAGCUUCUUACAGAAUGCACACUGCGUUACUUUCCAUUCUGCAGUUCCUAAACCAUGUUCUGUCUCAAUUCACCAAGCACUCUCACUACUCCAGUGCUUCCCCUGGCCCUGUGUGUCUGCCAACAUGAAUGUCAAACUUUAAGAACAAUAUUAUUAAAAAAAGUUUAAUUUAC